UCCUUUGGUUGUGGUCCAGCUUCAACAUGGUCCAGCCAUUAAAUUUGAAAUUUACCAAUGUGCAAUGCGAGGUGUUGGACAAAUCUUUGGGAUCUUUUGAAAAAUGCUUUUUAAAGGCAUUGGGUAGACAUAAUGUGAGCUUUGAUAUGCAUCUGAAAAUGUACCAACUACCCAUUAAAAGUUUUAUGUGGCAUGCUCAACUUCUACACCGGGGCAAUGGUUUUAGACCCCUUCUUUACAACAACACCAUGGAUUUUUGCCUCUUUAUGAAGAAUCCCAAACGCUGGAUGUUCUGGAAAAUUAUAUGGGAAGCCAUUUUGCCAUAUACAAAUUUAAAUCACACUUGUCCCUUGAAUCAUGAUGUCAUUAUCAAGGGAUUAAUUCUUCAAAUGGAUAUGAUAAAACUGAUACCCUUUCCCCCGAAUACCUAUAUGCUAAAAUUACGAUUUUUUAACGCCAAUACCGAAGGAGUUGAAGUUCGUGUUAGCAUUGAACAUUACUAA